AUGGCUGGACAUAAGGCUAGGCGGAUAGCCAAAGACCUAGCAGACAUUCGUGGAGACACCAACUCUCAGAUCUUUGCAGAGGCCAUUGGAGACAACAUCACAAACCUUAGAGGUUCAUUUAAAGGUCCUUCUGGAACACCAUAUGAGGGCGGCACAUACGAGGUAGCCAUCAAUAUUCCAAAUGAAUACCCGUUCAAGCCCCCGGUGAUGAAGUUCACCACCAAGAUCUGGCACCCCAAUAUCUCAAGUCAGACGGGAGCCAUCUGCCUAGACACUCUCAGCACAGGCUGGUCACCUGUUCUGACUAUCAAAUCUGCCUUGAUUUCACUACAAUCUCUUCUGAGCUCACCUGAACCGAAGGACCCCCAAGACGCAGUGGUUGCACAGCAGCUGAUCAAAAAUCCAAAAGAAUUCGAGAGACAAGCAAAGGAGUGGGCAGUCAAGUACGCAGGAGCACCAAAGUCCAACCUUGGUGAGGGCAGUGGAGGAUCAACCGCGCAAUCUAUUGAAGAGGCUGAGAAAGCAAGCGAAGAACGGGAAGCUGCAGCCAACAUCGCUGUCUAUGAUGGCUACAACAAAGAAUUAAUCGACAGAUUCGUGAUGAUGGGCUUCGACGUCGAGCGGGUCGUGGACGCAUUCAACUAUGUUGGAAUUGAUCGCAAUGGCGGUCAGGACUAUGAACUGGAGGAGGCUUACAUGGGCGACAUUACAGCCCGACUACUGGGUGAGCCGUGA